CAGGAAGAAAGUCAGGCGCUUCUUCACAACGACAACGUCCCGCCGUCGUGGGAGGAGUGAGAGACGAUACCAAAGCCGCCUCAUCCUCCAUCCUCCGCCAGUCACACCAUGGAUAGCCGGGAGCUGGUCCGAGCGGAGGACGAGACGGGCAGCGGGGAGGAGGACGAGGACGUCUCGGAGGACGAAGACGUCAUCGAGAUCGAGUCCGAGUGCGACAGCGAGUUUGAGGACGAGCCGGUGCCGGAGGAGGCCCCUCAUCCCCCGUCUGGAGGAGCCCCGCGGGGCUCCUGCAAGUCCAGGGACGGCCGCGUCGAGUGGUUUCCGUCCCCGGUGCGUGAGCCGUCCCGCUCCGGCGUUACCGUGACGACAACGGCGGCGCCAGGACCGACCCAGCUGGCCGUGACCCACGUCCACGACAUCCUGUCGUCCUUCGAGCUGCUGAUCCCCGAAUCCAUCCUGGAGAUGAUCCGGGGCUGGACCAACCUGGAGGGCCGGCGGGUCCUGGAGGAGCAGUGGAAGGACGUGGACCUGACGCACCUGCGGGCCUACCUGGGGGUCCUGCUGCUGGCCGGGGUCUACCGGUCCCGGGGCGAGUCCACCGCCAGCCUGUGGGACCCCGAGACGGGCCGGGCCAUCUUCGGCGCCACCAUGUCCUUGCAGAGCUUCCACAUGUUCUCGCGGGUCCUCCGGUUCGCCGCCCGGGAGUCCGGCCCCGGCCGGCGGCGGGGGGACAAGCUGGCGGCCAUCCGCCCCCUGUGGGACGAGUGGGCGGCCCGGCUGCCGGCCCUGUACCGGCCCGGGCCCGGCGUGACGCUGGACAAGCGGCUGCUGGCCUUCCGGGGCCGCUGCCCCUUCAGGCAGUUCCUGCCGUCCAAGCCGGCCAAGUGCGGCAUCAAGGUGUGGACGGCGUGCGACGCCGCGUCCUCCUACGCCUGGAGGAUGCUGGUCUACACCGGGACGCCGGAGGGGGCGGCGCCCGGCGGCGCCCGGGAGACGCAGACGGUGCUGGAGCUGACGCGGGGCCUCAGGGGCCACGUGGUCACCUGCGAUCAGCUGCUCACCACGUACGACGUGGGGCAGGAGCUGCUCAGCCGGGAGCUGACGAUGGUCGGCCCCGUCCGGAGGAACCGGCCCGAGCUGCCGCCGCAGAUCCUGAGCGUCAGGAACCGGCCGGUCCACUCGUCCAGGUUCAUGUUCACGGCCGACACCGCCCUCGUGUCCUACAUCCCCAAGAAGGGCAAGAACGUGGUGCUGAUGAGCACGCGGGGGCUGGACGGGGCGGUCAGCGAGCGCGAGGACCGCCGGCCCGAGGUGGUUCUGGACCACGAGGCCACCAGGGGCGGCGUGGAGGCGCUGGACGCGCUGCUGUCCCGCUACAGCUGCAAGCGCCGGACGCUGCGCUGGCCGCUGGUCAUCUUCUUCGACAUCCUGGACGUGUCGGCACACAACGCCUUCGUGCUGUGGACGGCGCUCCGGCCGGGCUGGCAGAGGAAGCAGUUCCGCCGGCGCCGGCUCUUCCUGGAGGAGCUGGGAAAGGCGCUGGUCACGCCGCACAUCCAGAGGCGGCAGCACGUGCCCAGGAACCCGGCGGCGCUCGCCAUCGUCCGGAGGGUGAAGGACGACGGCGGCGUCGCCCCCGCCAGUCCCCCUGAGACCGCAGCCCGGAAGAGGAAGCGCUGCGCGCUGUGUCCCCCCUCGAGGGACUACAAGACCCAGACCACCUGCAGCAACUGCCACAAGUUCAUUUGUGGCGGACACACCCUCAAGUUCUGUUCGUCGUGUGUUUUGUAAAAAGCAGGGAUGAAUUUGUGAGUAAAACUGCAUAUUUUUGGUAUAAAAUCUCCCACAUUUGUUCUACAUUGUUCCAUUUCCGUUUUUAUUUGAUUU